ACAACCUGCAGCCGCUGAACUCCUGAAGCUUCCUCCCACUGCGAACAAGAUACCAAAUUGUGACACGAUGAAAGUGGCCGUUGUUUUCGUUCUGCUCUUCGCCACGGUCCUCUGCCGGCCGGCAAGAAAAGUUGCUGACAGCAGUUCAGAGAGCUCUGAAGAAGUGGCUAGACGACCAGCAGCUCAACCCCUCGGGAGAAAGGCGGCAGAGGUUCCUGAGUACCGUGCAGCACCGGUACAGAAUGUUGAAGAAGCAGCAGCAGCUGCCGGCUCAGACGAGAGUGCAGAGGGUUCAGAUGAAGACGAGCAGGCGGCAGCAGAGGCUCUAGUAGAAUUAAAAUCCGCCAGCACGGACACAACUUCAUCCCCAGAUACAACCUCUGUCGACAGCCAGGACAGUGAAGACAGCGAUGAUGAUGAUGCCGAUGAUGACGAUGCAGAGGACAGUGAAACCGAGGAGGAUGAAGAUAGUGAAAGCUCAGAGUCGGGCGAGUCCUCCUCCCCCGCUCCCACCACCGUCAGCCCUGUGAUCGUCACAGAGGAACCCGUUGCCGAAGCCACUGCCGAGCCCAUCCUGCCUACCAUCGUCACUGACAUGGAAACCGCCCGCGGCGACAGCUUGGGAGGCUACCCAAGCGACUACAAGUCCAUUGUCUACGUGGAGGACAAAUCCUACCACAAGGGCCCUGGUCCCUACAAGUCCUACGAGUUUGUCGGCACAGGAAAGAAGAUGGCGUACGACAUGACAGAGGGCAACGAGGUGGACAAGUCACUGAAGGUGUACAAGGCUUUUCAGGUCCGCAACGACCUCCUGGAGGAGGACACCAGCACCCCUGAGAUGGAGAGCCAGGGCCUCGACGCCGCCUCCAUCAUCUCUCAGAACCAGGACCUCAGCCCCCGCCAGGCCUCCCUCCCAAAGGAGGAGGAGAGUGCUAGCACCAGCGACGCCACCACCAGCGAGAGCUCCAGUGCUCCGGAGGAGGAGGAGGAGCAGAGUGACAGCACCGCCAGCGCAAGCACCAGCCAGGAGUCAGAGGACGAGGACAGCCAGAGCAGCGAGGAGGCCACAGCCACGCCCGGAGCCGCCGACAGCGAAUCAGAUGAGAGCGCUGAGAAUGACGAGGUGGCGGCACCUGACGCCACCACUGACAUGCCAGAGGUCCUCACUGCCAAAUAG